AUGAUGAUGACUGUUUUGAUAACUGAGGAUCCUGGGAGGUCAAUCGAUGUUUACUUAAGGCCGCUGGUUGAUGAGCUAAAGGAUUUGUGGACAAACGGUGUUCGCACGUACGAUAAAUCAACUGGGAAGAUGUUCACUUUGCGGGCAGCAGUUAUGUGGACUGUGAAUGAUUUCCCAGCAUAUGCAAUGGUUUCUGGGUGGAGCACAAAAGGUUAUAUGGCAUGUCCUGUAUGCAAGGAAGAUGUAACUUCUGGUUGGCAUGCUGGAAAAGUUUGUUACCUUGGUCAUCGGAGAUGGUUGCCAUGGGACCAUGAGUGGAGGGAAAAAGAUAAAGAGUUCGACGGGAACACUGAGCGUCGCCUUAGACCCAGAGAAUGGUCCGGUGAUGAGAUAUUGGACCAGCUGAACCGGUUGGAUUUUGCUCCCUUCGGGAAAACAGUUAGUCGUAUCAGACCUUCUACACAUAUGAACUGGACGCACAAACCUAUGUUUUUUGAGCUCCCAUAUUGGUCGAAACUAAAAUUGAGGCACAAUCUAGAUGUGAUGCAUGUUGAGAAAAAUGUAUUCGACACAUUGGUGGGCACGAUUCUAGAUAUCGAGGGGAAGACAAAGGACACGAUCAAAGCUCGUCUUGAUUUGGAAAGAAUGGGCAUACGAAGGGGUUUAUGGAUGAAUAGGGACAAUGAUAAAGCUAGAAGGGAUCUUGCAUUCUUUUCUAUGAAACCGAAUGACAAGAAAGAGUUUCUAAAGUUUGUAUCGUCAGUAAAGUUUCCCGAUGGGUAUGCUUCUAAUAUCGCACGUUGUGUGAAUGUUGACGGGGGUAAAUUUACUGGACUUAAAAGCCAUGACUGUCAUGUGUUUAUGCAACGCCUACUUCCUGUUGGUAUUCGACACCUAUUGCCGGAAGAUGUAGUGAAGCCAAUCAUUUUGUUGUCCAGAUUUUUUUCCCAACUGACGGCGAAAACUUUGCGAAAAACGGACAUGUUUCAGUUGCGCCAUGACAUUGUCCAAGUCCUAUGCAAGUUUGAGAUGAUAUUUCCUCCAGCUUUCUUCACAAGUAUGAUGCACGUGAUGGUUCACUUGCCAGAAGAGGCAUUACUUGCUGGUCCUGUCAACUAUCGCUGGAUGUAUCCAAUAGAAAGGCUUCUCGGAGAGCUGAAAAAAAGUGUACGCAACAGGGCGAAGCCCGAAGGAUCAAUCGUAGAGGCUUGGGUUCAAUAUGAGUCGCUUACUUUCUGCGGAAUGUAUUUAAAAGAUGUGGAGACGGUUUUCAAUCGUCCUCAGCGCAAUCAUGAUGGAGGUAUGAGAAAUGAAAAACUUUCUGUUUUUGCCCAAAGCGCACGACCCUUCGGAGAUCCUGGACGCGGAGAGUCGUUUUCUAGAAAUGACAUGGAGGUAGCGCAUUGGUUCGUACUGAACAAUUGUGAUGAGAUCAUGGGAUACUUAUAUGAGCAUGAAGAGAUGAUGAAGCGAGAACAUCCAUCACAUUUGGUUGCCCAGAAACACCGUGAAUUGUUUCCACAAUGGUUUUUGGAUUCUGUGAAUAAGUUGAAAUCAUCGAAUUCCCCAACUUACAGUGAUGAGUUAUAUAACUUGGCGUUUGGCCCGAUUCGCGCCGAAUUGUUCUCGGGUUGUAAUGUCAACGGUGUCAAAUUUUUGGCCGAAGCACGAGAUGACAAGUUGUGUACGCAAAACAGCGGUGUCCAUGUCCCAGGUGGAGGCGAAAGUACGGACAUUGAUUUCUAUGGCAAACUCACAACUGUCGUGCAAUUGCUUUACAAAGAUCGAUACCAAGUGAUCAUGUUUAAGUGUCGAUGGUUUGACACCAACCCAAAUAGGCCGGGAAGUGUUAAAAUCGAUCAUGGCUUACUAUCUGUGAACAUGAACAGAACUUGGUAUGAUGACGACCCUUAUAUUUUGGCAAACAUGGCAACACAAAUUGUGUAUCUAGAUGACCCUAAAGCCGGAAGCGGUUGGAACGUUGUUCAAAAGAUGGAUCACAGGAACGUGUAUGCUAUACCAGAACUAGACCCAACUGACAACAACGUCAACAAUGUAGCUGACCAACGUUUAGAAUCUUCAAUGGAAAAUGAUGCGGAAACACUUCGAGAUACUAAUGUUAUACAAGAGCCAUUUCAAAUACAAGGAGUGUCUUCAAUCGAAAUACCGAUUCAGUCAAUUACAAUUGACCUCGGUGAUCUUCCGCGAUAUGAUGUUGCAGUUGGCCCGAGCAACGACGAUGAUGUAGUUAUAGAGGAGGCGGAGGAGGAGGAGGAGGAAGAGGAUUGGGAGACCGAAAGUGAUGAUAGCAACGAUAACGAAAGUUAUUAUAGUUCAGAUGAUGAAUGA